GACAGUAUACCGUUCUUAUUUUAUCCCCAAAAAUAUAUAAUAAUAUAAUAAUAAUAAUUAUCACACCGUUGGUCUCCUACCAUAUGUCAUCAGCACAAAUGAUCUGUCCCUAAAAGUCAAAAAUCCACCAUCCCCCCUGGCUUUUUUUUAAAACUCGACCACUGAUUAAAUGUAGGCUACAUUAAAUCUGUAUAUAUGUUUAUUGACCACAUCUCUUUUAAAAUCUAACAUGCUCAAAUGAACCAUGUCAGGAAGUGGCAUCAACAAAAUUUCAGAAAAAGUGAAUGAAAUAGCUCGGAAUUGCUAAGUGCGACCGGAAAGGAGAAGCCAACCGAGAGAAGAGGAAGCGGCACUUCAACACGGCGCCAUUAAAGCCGCGGAGGGUUGUAGGGAGCAGAGCGGCGUCUCAGGGACAUGAAGGCCGCGGUCCCUUUCCUCGUUCUCCUCAGUGGCUGUUGUAUGACUUGGACGGGGGCCCUGACCGUGAAUGGAUCGGUCGGGGGAACAGUCAGAAUCGAAUGCACUCACACCAAUGCGUAUACCAACAAGAAAUAUUUCUGUAAGGGAAAAUGUAAGGAUGUGAAGGACGUUCUCAUAAGUACUAGGACCAGAGGAUCGGAUAGGUACUCUAUCAAAGACAAUGGAAACACAGUUAUCACCACAAUUAGGGAUCUGCGCCUGGAAGACACUGGGACUUACUGGUGUGGGAUACACAGGUUCCUUCUCGACACAUAUGUAAAAGUGUAUCUCAAGGUAAACAAAGUGGUGAAGAGUGAUGUCAAUGCUGUCAAAGAAGCUAUUUCAACACGGUUUACACCAACAGCCCGGCCAACAGACUUCGAAAAUGAAAUCUCACGAGGAGAAAGCAUUUCUGAUCAGUUGACGUAUAUAGGAGCAGGCCUUGGUGUUGCUGUGUUGGUGCUGGCCCUGGUUCUUCUGACCUUCUGCAGGAUAAAACGCAGAAGAGCCGCGUUUGCUUUGGACAAAAACCAAAGCACCAAUGAAUGUCCAGGAGACCCUAGGAAGAACGGCCUCCUUCCCGCUUCAUUGACCAAUCCGCACCCUGAUAGCGCUAUUUACUCCAAUGUCAGUGGGUUUCCAAAGCCUUCCAAAGCCCAGGACCAACCAGAUGAGAGUGUGUCGGUCCCCUCCAGUCCAGAGCAGCCCGGUGUCUUCUACUCCACUGUGAGCUACAACAAUGAUUCCAAGGGUGUGGCUCUCAAAACGGACACAGACUCUGUCAUGUAUUCUACCAUUCAAAAGACUCAGUAAGGGCCUGGAUGAUCAGAAUUAAGAGUGAUUCUGCUUUCAGAAAAUACUAUUAAUAUUGAUAAUAAUACCUGUACUACUAUUAACAGUUCAUUUUUUGGUAGUGUUUGGAUAAUAUUCAAAAUAUGUUAACUAUUUUCUAUUGAUGGUCUUAAAUUCUUAUCUGAAUAGAACUUACUUCGGAGAAUGUGGAAAACUGCAAUGAACACAUGCAAGCAGGCAAACAAGCACACACACACACACACACACACACACACACACACACACACACACACACACACACACACACACACACACACACACACACACACACACACACACACACACACACACACACACACACUCAACUGCACAGAUGUGAAAAUAUGCAAACAUUUGAAUAAAACCAAUGCAGAAAGCAAAUCAGCAAUCAUAGAAGGGUGUUUACAAAACUCUUCUUUUUGAGAAACAAGAAUAUCCUUCAGUAACACAGAAGAUCCUUCCACCGUACAAGAGGGUUUUUCAUGCAGAUCAAUGUAUUUAACAUGAGGUGACAAGAAUAGUCAUACAAUAGUGACCUCCAGGACAAUAAGCAAGGACUGGUAUAGCUGAAAUGAAAAAAAAUUAAGCUCAAUGAAACAAACAGAAGAUGUACCUACCUCACCAGUCUGACCCAUGUUUCAAAUUGUUCUCCUCGUCACCGCUAGAGUGAUCCACAUGGUAUAAUGUGACAUGGUCCAGCAUUAAGUCAGCGUCUUCGUGAUUGCUAUACAUUGGCCACUAGAGAGCAGUGCUUCUUCCCAAAUUAAUUAAAUAAUAAAUCACACGAAAUAUUUGUCUUGUUCGAACAGGACCUUUGUAUAAAUAAUUAGUAAACACAUUAUUGUAAGACUAAUAAUUAAAAACAACGAGUAGGUAUCUUGUGUCAGUAAUUGCCUCAAACUUUUGAUUCCUAAUUAAUCUAAUCAUCACUUCUCAUUGUAAAACAUUUAAAUGUAAUGAUGGGGAGAAGGAGAGAGAGCGAGUGAGCGAGAGAGAAAGAGAGAGAGAGAGAGAGAGAGAGAGAGAGAGAGAGAGAGAGAGAGAGAGAGAGAGAGGGAAGUGAAAGUGGGGGAGUGUAGCAUGAUAAACCCUAUAUUUUGAACAAUCCGCAUUACAAAGCUAACAUAUAAGAGUGACUUAAGUCGAAGACGAUGGACAUCAAAUGGCAACUAGAAAAUGCAUUUCCUGCAGAAAAUGCUGUGUCUAAUAAAUGUUUCUUCAUUGGACAUAACCUGCAUAGAGUUUGAAAGGGAGUGCUGUUUGGUUUUCUAGCUUAGUGGUACAAAUUGUGAGCUUCAGCAUCCCCUGGGGGUUACAUUAAUAUCGGGGAGGCCAUGUUUAAUCUUUCUUUGCAAGGUCAUGGUAGACUCUGGCUUUUUAAUUGUUAGUAAUACAUAAGGGGGUUGGGUUGGAGUUGGUAUUAGGUUCAGGUGUCCGUAUAAAGUAAAAAGGCUUGAAAGACAAAUACAUCAGUUCCAUCUUAUCGGUUUUAUCAUAUGUUACUACACUAUCCUUCCCGAAUUUCAAAUAUUUUCAGAUAUUUUUAUUUCUUAAUAUUUUUUAUUAGCAAUUGUCCAGAUAAUCCUAUGCACAUACUUUUUUGAUUUA